AUGAGUUACGGCAAGAAAGACGAAGAUGCCGACCUCGGCUUGGUCAAGGUCGACCGAGUGCAGGUAUUCCAAGAAGCUCGCCUAUUCAACAGCUCCCCCAUCCAGCCCCGGAGAUGUCGCAUCCUCCUGACCAAGAUUGCCCUGCUUCUCUACACCGGCGAGAAGUUCCCGACCCGCGAAGCUACCGACCUCUUCUUCGGCAUCUCAAAGCUCUUCCAGAACAAAGAUGCCAGCCUACGCCAGAUGGUGCACCUGGUCAUCAAGGAGAUUGCCUCGUCUGCCGAGGAUAUCAUCAUGGUCACCAGCACCAUCAUGAAGGAUACCGGUGGCAGCACAGACGCCAUCUACCGACCCAAUGCUAUCCGGGCUCUGUGCCGCAUCAUUGACGCCACGACCGUGCAAUCCAUCGAGCGUGUCAUGAAGACCGCCAUCGUCGACAAGAACCCCUCCGUCUCGUCGGCCGCCCUCGUUUCGUCGUACCACCUGCUUCCUAUCGCCAAGGAUGUCGUGCGCCGGUGGCAAUCAGAGACCCAGGAAGCCGCAGCUUCGACAAAGUCCUCUGGCGGCUUUUCGCUUGGAUUCUCGUCCUCGUCGGGCUCGUUGCCCGUCAACAACUCCACCAUGACCCAGUACCACGCCAUUGGUCUGCUGUACCAGAUGCGCUCGCACGACAGAAUGGCUCUGGUGAAGAUGGUUCAACAGUUCAGCCAGGCCGGGACCGUCAAGAGCCCCGCCGCCACAGUCAUGUUGGUCCGGUUAGCAGCCCAGCUGGCGGAAGACGACCCGUCCCUCAGGAAGCCCAUGAUGACGUUGUUGGACAACUGGUUGAGACACAAGAGCGAGAUGGUCAACUUUGAGGCCGCCAAGGCGAUCUGCGAUAUGCGCGAUGUUACCGACGCUGAGGUCACUCAGGCUGUCCACGUCCUCCAGCUGUUCCUGUCCUCGCCGCGCCAUGUCACCAAGUUUGCUGCGCUCCGUAUCCUGCACAACUUUGCCUCGUUCAAGCCACAGGCCGUCAAUGUCUGCAACCCGGAUAUCGAGCUCCUGAUUUCGAACAGCAACAGGUCAAUUGCCACAUUUGCCAUCACCACCCUACUCAAGACCGGUAACGAGGCCAGUGUGGAUCGGUUGAUGAAGCAGAUUACUGGUUUCAUGUCCGAGAUUACCGACGAGUUCAAGAUUACUAUUGUCGAGGCCAUCCGCACGCUUUGCCUCAAGUUUCCCAGCAAGCAAGCUGGCAUGCUCGCAUUCCUCAGUGGCAUCCUGCGCGACGAAGGAGGCUACGAGUUCAAGCGUGCUGUUGUCGAGAGCAUGUUCGACCUGAUCAAGUUCGUGCCCGACUCGAAGGAGGACGCCCUGGCCCAUCUUUGCGAGUUUAUCGAGGAUUGCGAGUUCACGAAGCUGGCUGUACGCAUCCUGCACCUGCUCGGUCUCGAGGGCCCCAAGACAUCCCAACCUACAAAGUACAUCCGCUACAUCUACAACCGAGUGGUGCUGGAGAACGCCAUUGUCAGAGCAGCUGCUGUCACUGCCCUGGCCAAGUUCGGAGUCGGCCAGAAGGAUCCCGAGGUCAAGCGCAGCGUUGACGUGCUGCUGACCCGCUGCUUGGACGAUGUUGAUGACGAGGUCCGAGACCGUGCCGCGCUCAACCUAAGAUUGAUGCACGACGAGGACGAGAUGGCUGAGCGGUUCAUCAAGAAUGAAAACAUGUUCUCCCUGCCAUACUUUGAGCACCAGCUCGUCAUGUAUGUCACCUCAGACGACAAGGAUGUUUUCCAGUCGUCGUUCGAUAUCAGCAAGAUCCCGGUCGUCACGCGGGAGCAGGCAGACGCCGAGGACAGGACCAAGAAGCUGACGGCCACCACCCCGUCGCUCAAGCCGCCCAAGGCCGGCCCUACCAAGGCUGCCGCUACUGGUGCAGACGCCCAAGCCUCAGCUGCCGCCGCGGCGCAAAAGUACUCGCAAGAGCUUAUGGGCAUUCCCGAGCUCAAGGAGUUUGGCGCUGUGCUCAAGUCGUCGCCUGUCGUUGAGCUCACCGAGGCCGAGACCGAGUACGUUGUCAGCGUGGUCAAGCACAUCUUCAAGGAGCACAUUGUAUUGCAGUAUGAGGUCAAGAACACGCUGCCUUCGACGGUUCUGGAGAACGUGUCCGUGGUCGCCAUGCCAGCCGAGGAGGAAGAGCUCGAGGAGGUGUUUAUUCUCCAAGCCGAGAAGCUGGAGACGGAUCAGCCCGGCAAGGUCUACGUGGCCUUCAAGAAGGUGAACGGCGAGGGAUCCAUGCCGACCAGCUCAUUCACGAACGUGCUCAAGUUCACCGUCAAGGAGAUCGACCCGUCGACGAACGAACCCGAGGACACGGGCUACGAUGACGAGUACGAGAUUGGCGACCUGGACCUGGCCGGCAGUGACUACGUGGUUCCUGCAUUUGCAGGCAACUUUGCGCACAUCUGGGAGCAGGUUGGCGCGGCGGGCGAGGAAGCGGAGGAGACGCUGCAGUUGUCUGGUAUCAACAGCAUUGCAGAUGCUACGGAGCAACUGGCCAAGACGCUCUCGUUACAGCCGCUGGAAGGCACCGAUGUGCCGGUCAACCAGACAACACACCAGCUCAAGCUCCUGGGCAAGACGGUGAGCGGGGGACGGGUUGUGGCCAACAUCAGGAUGGCGUACUCGUCGAAAUCCGGCGUGACGACCAAGAUCACGGUGCGGGCCGAGGAGGAGAACGUGGCGGCCAUGGUGAUUGCGUCGGUUGCUUAA